AUGGCGCUGGUGUUGCCGUCCGCCAAACGUAGUGACGCCUAUGCCUUCGAGUAUUUUGAUGUGCGCAUCGUCCCCACGGACCCUCCACCAGACAACGACCGGAAGAGGAUCGGGCUAGUGGAGGUGUUCUACGGCGGAAAGUGGGGCACAAUUUGCGCCGAAGGGUGGGGAUUCAACGAGGUUGCUGUCGCCUGUCGCAAGGCCCUGGUCGACUACUCCUUCGUGCUGCACAAAGGAUGGGAACACGACGCCGGCAAUGUGUCCGCAACUGUGUGGCUCCAAAAUGUGACGUGUACAGGGCACGAGAGAAACUUAGACGAGUGCCAGAGCGACAAUAAGUGGAUGCCACACAGCUGUCCCUCUGGAAAAGCGGCUGGCGCUGCUUGCUACGAAAUCUCCACCAUUUCUGGGAGUCAGUCCCUGUCUCCCUUCAUGGCAGACAGCCUGGGCAACAGGUAUACGGCGUUCGAGGGCAACGCCUACCUGUCGGUGGAGACUGGCGUCCAAAUGUACCUCGCCCUGUGCAGCGUGCGCUGGACAGACGAGGACGCCGCGGUGUUCUGUCGCCAGAUGAGCAACCGCCGGCGCUACAGGACCUACACUAAGUCGUUCUUCGGUGCGCACAGCUCCACCAUUGCCGACGUUUCUGUGGCGCCUUUUCCUGUGGAUUUCGUCUGCGACGGCACGGAGGCGGCUCUACUGGACUGCCCCGCCCAGGCCUCAAAUAAAAAUGGAAUUUGCUAUGAGGGAAACGAUGCCGGGGCGGCCUGUUUAUUCAGAGAAGAACCGGCGAAUUUUACAGUUCGGCUGGUUGGUGGUUCUGACAUCAACGCCGGUCGAGUAGAAGUCGAAUACCAAGGCACCUGGGGUAGCGUGGGCUCUGUGAGCGGUGGUGACCGCGAUCUGAAUUAUGGGGACGUUGUCUGUCGGAUGCUGGAUAUGGGAUACGCCACCGAUGUCAGCCCUCACCAGGACGACUUCGGGCAGAGCGACAAGCCGGUGGUGGUAACCGGCGUGGACUGCACAGGUGCGGAGCCUUCCCUGGCCCAAUGCGGGGAAUACCUGGAGUUCGUGAACGACAAAUUGAGUAACAUGACUAGAGACGACACAGUGGUCUACUGCUCUGGUCAGGUCGAUAAAAGUAGGUAUUAG